AUGUUAUGUGUCAGUGGUUCGGGUCCCCUCGCACGGUUCGGCUCGGUUCGGGCUCAGCCGUGUUUCCAGUCUGGCCUGGUUCGGUUCAGCUCGCUCUCCUGUCACAACGAGCCCAUUAUCGGACCGAUAACAACCAGUCAAGGUUUGUCUCACCAGAGUCUUCCUUCAGCUGAGGUCAGAGCACCGGACAACGUGACGGCUGCAGGUGGAAACUGGACUGAGCUCAAUGAGACUUUCACUGAAAUUAAGGAAAACGGAACUUCCUCUGGACUCUUUGGAUUCAACGACGUAGCGGGCAGUCGCAGCUUCCUGCCGGAGCAGGAGCUCGAGUCCCGGAUCAUCGGAGGUCAGGAGGCCUGGGCGCACUCGUGGCCGUGGCAGGUGUCUCUGGGCUUUGCGUCCAUGCCGGCCUGCGGGGGGGCGAUCAUCGCUCCACAGUGGAUCCUGUCUGCUGCUCACUGCUUUCAGAGGUACAACACGGCGAGACUCUGGAGCGUGAAGGCGGGAAAACAUGACCUGGACAAUCCUGAGGAACCAGGACAACAGUCAGUCGGAGUGGCGCUCAUUAUCAUACACCAUCGUUACAACCGUCGGACCAAAGAGAACGAUGUGGCUCUGCUGAAGCUGCAGGAACCUCUGGUCUUCACCACGUCCGUCAGACCCAUUAACAUCUGGACGAGUCCUCUGCCACUUUUCAAAGGCUGCACCAUCACCGGCUGGGGCACCACCCGAGAGAACGGACCUCGAGUCAACAGACUGCAGGAGGUAAACGUCACUGUGCUGCCCUCUGAUGACUGUAACCAGUACUACAGUGGUAGGAUCAGGUCCUCCAUGUUCUGUGCUGGAAGGGACAGAGGAGGAGUGGACGCCUGUCAGGGAGACUCUGGCGGUCCUCUGUCCUGCUUCACUGGCAGUAGAUACGAGUUGGCGGGUCUGAUAAGUUGGGGCGUUGGUUGUGGACGAGCGAGACGACCGGGAGUCUACACCAAACUGCAAGAAAACACCCAGUGGCUGUACGACAACAUGAACAAGAUGAUGCAAGAAGACGAGCUCGCUGACGGAGACGACAGGUGCGGGAGGCGGCAGAGCUCCAGCUGUGGUCGUUCUCCGGUCCUUGCCAGUCUCUCGACAUCGCAGGACAAUGACGUGUCUGUGGAGAACGUGACGGAGUCCUGUCCCUUCUUCUGGCCCUGGCAGGUCAGCCUUCAGUCCAACGGACGCCACUACUGCAGCGGCGUGCUGAUCCAUCGUCGCUGGGUUAUCACUGCCAAACACUGCAACGUCAGAGCCAAAUAUGACGUGGUGGUUCUAGGAAUUCAUGACCUCCGCUUCUUAUCGUCCCAAACCGUCUCUGUGGAUGAGGUCUUCAACCUGCCGGAGGACGGAAGCUUUCCACAAAAAUCGGACCUGUCUCUGCUCCGCCUCAGCGUCUCUGCCAGAUUCAAUUCAAAUGUGUCUCCAGUCUGUGUCCCUGAUGAGGACGAGGAGCUCAAUGACAGCUGGAGUUGCUUCACCACCGGCUGGGGCGUAACCAAGGCAACAGGUAACAUUGAUGCUGUUCGUCUCCACCAUGCUGGACUGACUCUGGUGAACGGAACGUCCUGCAGGGGGCGUUGGGGGGAAGGACUCGUCACUGACUCUCACAUCUGUGCUGAUCCUGCUGGCUCCGCCUCCUGCAUGGGCGACUCCGGAGCUCCCCUCUACUGUCGGAAGCGCAGUUCCUACUUCCUGUUUGGCGUGGUCACAUGGGGCAGUCAGCGCUGUGACGUAGACAAACCAUCCGUCUUUACCGCGGUGUCAGAUUUUCAUUCUUGGAUCACAAAGGUGACGGAGGACUCUUGA